UGUCACGUAAAAAGUUCUUCCAUCUUUUCAUAUAAUUAUCUCUAAGAAAAAUCGAAAUAAAAACAAAAUUUUAAUUAUAUGAUUUAUUUUCUAUUAAUUGCUUCAAAGUUAUUCAAAAUUAAGUAUUUAAAACGGAACACAGAUUACUAAACACGUAUAAAAUUCCACGGCACAGCAGACGAAAACUUCAUUUUCAUUUUGCACGUCUGCAUGGUCUGUUUGGUAUAAAACAAAAAUAAUUUAGACCAUGACAUAAUCAACAAUUAUGAAAUGGCCAUAUCAAUGAUAUAAACAAUUUAGUUGAAUCGUAAGUAAGUAGUAAAGAAAUGAAAACGAAAUAAUAUUGUUCCGUCCGUUUAUGAAUCAAAAUGAUAAAUAUGAGUUAUUAACGUCAUGUAGUUGAUGUGGCAGUGUGGUUCAUAUCGCCUACACGCUACGUUAGUAAGAAAAGGAUUUACGUUCGAGUCUCAUCUUGACCAAUUUUUUUUUUUCAUCGUUUCGUAAUUUUUUACAUUUGUCGUUUUAAAUCAUAUUAUCAUUUAUCAAUAAUUUUGUAAAGACACCUUAAACAACAAAAAAUUAAAAAAAAAGAUAAAUAAAAGUAUAUACCCGAACUUUGUUAAUUGUUAAUUCUCAAGCUACAUGUACUAUAGUAUCAUUAUCGACAGAUUUGCACGUGUUUUACUCAUGAAGAAAUGGUAUAUGUGCUAAAGAGGAAAGUUCCUUCUGUUGACUUUCAUGAUAGAUAUAAAAAAAAGAAACAAAAUCAACAUGCACCAAUAUAUAUAAAGACGUGAUUUUUUUUUUUUUUUUUUUAAGACAUAAAUGGAUUCUGCAGACAGUGGACCUAAAUUAUUACAUGAUAAUUUCCUUGUAGAAUUAAAAAUGAAAUGGACAACAUAAGAAAGGGACGAAAAGAUUUUAAAUGUAUAUUGUGUGAAAAAAGAACAAAACCUGGAAAAAGAAGACCUUUGUGUGGAGAAGCAAAUAAAAAUCUGCGCAAUUUUCUCAGUAAGAGUUUCCUUGUUUUACCUAAUGAUGAUGACGUUAUAUGUGAUACUUGUCGACGGAAAUACUACAGAGAAGAGCAAGCACAAGUAAAUACACCAACUGUUCUUACAACUGAUACAAAUACAAAUGAUCCUGAUUUUAUGCCACCAUCCGCACCUAAAAGAGCAAAAUUAAGUUCUCCUUUAUCAAUAUCGCUUCCUAUUUCUUCAACAAUUAAAGGUCAUGCACAAUGUUGUCUUUGCAAAAAGCGUGGUCCAAAACUUAUGGUUGUUCCCCAAGAAGCACGAUUUAACACAUUUUUGGAAAAGAAUAUAAUUAUUCCUGCCGGAUCACGUUGCUGUCCUCGUCAUUUAUGUACUGAAGGUUUUACAAAAGAAGCUAACGAAGACAUAACAAGUGUGUAUACUGUUUCUGACUUCAAUCGCAGCGGACUACUUGAAUUGAUCGAUACAAUUAGAGAACAUGCUUUAAAAAAUAAAAACGCUAGAAUUGACUUUGAUAAAUCUUCUUCUUUAAAUGACACAGAUUUUCGAAAUUUGACUGGCUUAACAAUAACUGAUUUUGAAGACUUAUGUUCUCACAUUCCAAACUCAUCUAUAAGAGAUACUCGAGUACGAAGCAUGAGAACAUGCAUUGGUAUAUUUUUGACCAAACUUCGUUCGGGGAUGUCUAAUAAGAUAUUAGCAACUUUGUUUAAUAUAAGCAAAGAUUCUAUCAGGAAAGCUAUAUCAUCCGCAAGAGAUGCAGUUAAACAGCACUUUACACCAAAAUAUUUAGGUUUUGAUCAUGUAUCCAGAGAAAGUGUUAUACAAAACCACACUCGUCCACUGGCACAAACACUAUUUGGUGAUAUCACAAACACAACUGCUAUACUCGUAAUUGAUGGUACUUAUAUUUACAUACAAAAGAGUGGACAAUUUAAAUUUCAACGUAGUACAUAUAGCAUGCACAAAUACCGCAACCUGAUUAAGCCAAUGAUGUUUGUAACUACUACUGGAUACAUUGUAAGUGUGAUUGGACCCUACCUUUGUAACAGCAAAAACAAUGAUGCCAAAAUUUUGAACUCAAUUUUUAAAAAUAACUUGGAGAAAAUUAAGGAAUGGUUUGAAACAAAUGAUGUUGUUGUGGUUGAUCGGGGAUUUCGGGACAGUAUCGACCUUUUAGAAGAAUUUGGUAUUCAAAUUAAAAUGCCAAGCUUUCUCAAACGUAAAGAGAAGCAACUUUCGGUUGAAGAUGGUAACACAACACGUCUAGUAACAAAGGUCCGCUGGGUUGUUGAGUCCGUUAAUGGUAGAAUCAAGCAGUGGCGAUUGCUUGACAAAGUACUACCCAAUUCCCUUAUACCGUAUGCUGGUGAAUAUACACGUUUUGUCAGUGCCAUAUGUAAUAAGUAUAGACCACCACUUAAUUCUGGUAAUGAAACUGAAGACCUUCUCUUAGGUACAAAAAUGCUUCACAUGUCAAAGAAGAAAAAUGAGCUCAUGGAACGAGUAUCAAAUGAAAACUUGCAUUCCAGAAGUGGUAGGUGGCAAAAAAUAGACGGCAACGAUUCAGUUGAAGAUUUUCCGAAGCUAUCGGAGGAGGACAUCAGGGACAUAACGCUCGGUGUAUACCAGCUUAAACUAGCUAAGAGUUAUACUGAGGAACAUUUAGAAAAUGACGAAUACUAUGAAGUCAUGCAACAGGGACAUCAACUCAUUAGGGUUAGAAUGGCAAGUAGGCAUACAAGCAGCAAAUCGCAUAAUCUAUGGAUUACAUACGAUGACUGCUGCAUAAAGGCUUGGUACUGUACUUGCAAGGCCGGAGCUCGAAUUGUUGGCACUUGUAGUCAUAUUUCCUCAGUGAUAUGGUUUCUCAGUUUUUACCGGCAUCAAAGUUGCAAAGGAAAUCAAGCAAAGCAAUGGAGGGACUAUGUCCAUGAUGCUAAUCAGCCUGAAGUCAUUGAUGAUAGUGACAGUGAACCCGAGGAGUAAACAUUAAACAUUUGUAUUCUAUACUGAACAAUUACUUGGCCAUAUAGGGCAUAUCGUAUAAUGUCAAUUUUGUUUUGUAUGUCAUUGUUGGAAAUGAAACUGACGUACGUCGGUAUCAGGGUACCACUAUGUGGAAUAUUACCAACAACUGUCAAUUUUAUAGAAAAGAACAGCAGUUAAAGUGUUUUUGCCUGAUAUAUACAUGUACUUCCUUUAACAUUUCUAAAGCAAAAAACAAAUGUCAAAUAUGAUGGCUUGACUGAGAUUUUUCUAAAUUUUUUAAUGGUGAUACUUAAGAAGUUUUUUCAUUAU